AUGACUUGCUAUUGCAAGCUGCACAUCCUCUGCCUGAAAAACCUCCUUAUCCUUCGGCGCAGAUGGUUCAGCAGUCUCCUUAUAGCCCUGUUGCCUGCCCUCAUCUGCCUCUCUUUGUUGGCUGUCCGUGCAAAAACGCCCCGUUCUCGUGACCAAAACAACACUACCUGGCCCGCCUUUAGUGUGGCCACCUUCCCACCAACACCGGACGGCUGGCACCUCGUGUACACGCCGCCAUGUCAGUUCGCUGAAGAGGUUAUGGACCACGUGGCUUCCACUCACAGCAUCACAGUUGAGGCAUUUCCUACGGAGGCUGAUCUUGUGGAAUUUUUAAGCCGACCGCAGACACAGAAGACUGGUUUUGCCGGAGUUAUAUUUCACUCUUGUCAAGGGGAAUCGCAUGGCCGGCGAGUUGUCUACUCCAUCCGAAUGCAUUCCAUAGGGAGUUGGGAGACGCGUCUCCUCUAUCCCCGUUUUCCGCUCCUGGGACCUCGAUCUCCUCAGAACCCUACAGCCGGCCCCCCGGAAUACCAUGAUAGCGGCUUUCUGGCAGUCCAAGCUGCUGUAGACGUUGCUGUCAUCGAGCUGUUCAGCGCCCAGUGGAAGUCACGCUCAUCCAUGGAUAACGAGACGUCUCUAUUAGCCCCUCUUGAUCCGCUCUAUAAAUUCAAACGCAUGCCUUAUCCGGCUCACCUGGAGGACGUGUUCUCUCUGGUUGUGGAACAGCAGCUAGCACUCAUGGUUGUUAUUGGCUUUCUCUUCCCUGCUGUCUAUCUGAUCAGGCGGAUUUUGGAGGAGAAGAGCGGUAGGAUUAAGGUGCGUGCUGUUUGCUGGUCGUUUUGCUGCGUGUGGUCCAUCUCUGUCACUAAACAUUUUCAAAUUACACACAAACAAUGUUAGUGCUUUAUGGAAGGGGGGAGGGAUAAGCUGGAGUAUUUUAAGUUUGUUGACGUAAUUGCCCUAUUAUACAUUGAUGGCGAAUUUGCACAUUCAUGUGUGAAAUCAUCAGCUAUACUGGGGUCUACAAGUGACCACGCCAACUUGCUUGAGCGUAUUCGAAUCAAUGACUACCGCAGCCUUUUAUGUCAACCUAACCAGUAACUGAACGUUCCAGUCAAAACCGGCGUACUGUGUACUCCAUUUAGGUGUAAUCAGCGUGUUUUUAUGCAAAUAUUACUAGUCAUCCUCUAAAUCCUCAAGGGGCGAGGUCACAGCUCAGUUGCCCAGUUGUCAGAAUUCUAGAUCCCGAGUGAGAUCUUCAUUUUACCCCGAAGCUCAUAAGACUCUCGCUGGGGUUUUGUUAUGUGCCUCCAUAUAGAAAAAGUGGCUCAUAUUGAGAUGCAUAAAUAAUAAAUGUGGAGCGCAAAUUAAAACGAAUUCCACGUCAUGUCGACUUCCCACUGAAGUACUUCUUGGGUGUCAUUGUUUGUGUAAAUGAAACGGUUGCGGGCGGCCCUGAAGGUCACUAACUUCCCUUUACAUGUCCGAGGAAUGGUUUCCUCGUGGGACUCCAACCUUUGCAGUCAGUGCCCAGGGGUUUAGGGACUGGGGAUCCAAUCCGUACCAACCUGAUUCGUCUUUUAGUGAUAUCCGAGGAAGUUGAUUGCCAUUCUUGGAUAGUCUAAACCCCGUUUCCCGUCCGUCACCCCUGCCCCAUCUUAAUACAUAGCGCGGUUCAUGGUAACCAUAUCCAAAUAAUUUCCGGGACCUUCCGAUCAUUUCAAUUUCUCUCGGUAUGUGUUCUUCCACUAUGCCAAGGACAGUGAGACUUUGCGUUAAUUUUGGCCGAGGUAAUUUGAUAAAAUGUUCAUUUUGCCCCUCUUACCAACCUCUGAUUCCCGUUUGCUCUUUAGGAGACAAUGCACAUGUUCGGCGCGAGUUCAUUGACCUACUGGACCUCCUGGUUCGUUACCUUUGCCUUUAUGUUUGCCGUCUCUUCGGCCAUCCUCACCGCAGCCCUGUGUGUGGACUUUGGCGCUGGUGGUCGGAUGCUGAACCUUUCAGACCCCAGCAUCAUCUUCUGUUCCAUCUUCCUCUACUCCCUCGCUUUGCUUGCUUUCAUUCUGGCUCUCUCUACUCUCUUCUCCUCGUGUGAGUCCUGCUUAACUGCCUUGACCACAAUCCUUGGGGUCUUUUAAUGGCUCUGAGCGCUUAGGCGCAUGUACACGCCAACAUUUUAGUACAUCGUGCGACGGAAGGCAAAUUAAAAAUCAUGCACCUUGUAGACAGAUAUUCAGGGCGAAGAUUACCUCCAGACGUCCGUCGUGGUAAAGGUUAAAUGUUACUUUUUAAAGAUCCUAAUUGCUGUUGGAGGAGUAGCCAUAAAGCUGAACUGUUCGUAAAAAGAACUAAACACCUUGACACUUCGGUGUAAUAAUUUUAGGUGUAUCUUCCCGAACCAAAACACUACUUUUAUCUCUAGCUAGUCACUUAGGGCGACGACUAUAACAGACAUGCAGAAAAGACGCAUUAUUUACAUGGGAGUCUUUUACUAGGAGACAGGAAUGGAGCCUCCACCGCCGUAGUUAUCUUCAAUAUUCUCCCAAAUUUUAUUCGUUUCAAGUCGCCCAUACAGUAGUUUCCUCAUGGCAUUUAAACCGUCUAUAAGUUCUUCCCCAAGUUCUACUUAAAUUCUUUGGUUUUUUUCUUGCUAGCGCACGCCGGGGCAGCGGUUACGUGUGCUGUUUUGAUGCUGACGUUCAGCCCCUACCAAUUCAUCACCAUUCACUAUGAGCGCUAUACCCUACUCACCAAGGUUGCUUUCUGUCUUCUACCAAACAUGGCCAUUGGCUUUCUGAGCUACCUCAUCGGCCAUUUUGAAGGCGUGGGUAAGCUGCCCUUUGCAUUUUCAAAUAUCGUCCUCGCCUUUUUGCCUGGGCCUACUUUUCUUUCGACAAUCCUUGAUGGCAUCGUGGGAUUUGCCUGCCCUCAUCCACAGCGACCUUCAAUUCAAUAGGGUCUUCUCUACAGGAUUUGUCGCCCAUAUUUACUAUUUAGGAAGCUGCUGCCAAAUUUAAACAUCUUUCUGCCCCGGUACACAAGCUCGUAGAGGAAUGUAACCUUUUGUGGACGGCCUUUGUAGGUCACGGCUUUCAAACAUGACAUGGACUCUUUAUUUGCAGGGCUGAAAGGCACUAAAUACUGGUUGGCUGACUAGAUGUCAAUCUUUAAUGUCUUUGCUGCGGGCAACAGGGUGCUAAAGAGCUAAACAAUCGUUUUACUCUAUUUUUGUCCCGGCACACGUUUCCAGUCUGUACCCCGAUGCGCUUUGACACAAACAAGGAAGUAAUGGUUUUGUACGUUUUGUUGGAAAUUUUAAACCUACAGCCACCAGAAUCUGGACCAGCGCUCUCAAUUCUGCAGCUCCCGAAGGUCUAGGAUUCCAUAACGCAAGUAGCAAAAUCUAAAUUUUUGUUUGUUUUGCCUACAAGCGACGUCUUUGUUGGUAGAAACACCCCCUGGUUGCUGUGAGAGCGGAGAAGAAAUACAAGUCGCGGGUUUCUUUGAGUAUCUCUGAUAUCGACUGGCAGAGUGCGGGUCCAUGUCUGGGUUCCACCCAAGUUCGAAUCUGGAGCCUCUCUGACCCGCAGUCCAUAUAUGACUACUUGGCGACAAUAAACAAGCCAAACUUAACUUCGCCUUAGUUAUCGAUUACGAUGGCAGAGUAGUGAAGGUCCUCUUAAUGUUUUUGCUGAGAAAUGGUCGUCUAAGUCCCUAUUUUCAGUUUCCUUAUUUCCGUCGCAGGUGCUGGACUGCAUUGGUCAUCCCUAUCAAAACAGGUCUCCUCCGAUGAUAUGCUACGAGUGGACAUGAUCUGGAUAGUCCUCUUCAUCGAUAUCAUCCUAUACGCCUUCGUGGCCUGGUACGUGGAUAAUGUGUUCCCCGGAAAGUACGGCAUACCGAAACCCUGGUACUUCCCCCUCCGGGUAAGCCCACACUUUACGGCUGUUUCAUUGGCCUCCUCACCUCGUUCAAUGUAUCAUAUGCAAGUCGGAUUAAACGGCUGUGUGAUAUAUAAACCACUCCAGUUCUCUUUGGCUUUGUCACUUAUACCCAUCUUGAAACCAACCCGUAAUACCCCCCCCCUCCUCAAAUCUGGCAUAUCUAGGCACCCUUCAACCCUCCCUCAGCACCCUUGUUCAUUGCGUGCUUUUUUAGCCUUUGCUACCCCCUUUUGACCUCUAUAACUGCACAGGCCUGUCGAUAAGUAAUCGAAGAGUCUACGCGAGACGCCCCCCAGAAUAUCUCGUGCCAGUGCACAAAUGAAGUUGUAUACGAAAUCCUCCCUGUCUUUUGAUUCGGUGUAGUCGGGCCUUUAUCAAAACGGAGGUUCAGCAGUAAACAGGGAAUACACCGGGAUAGAAACCCCCCUCCCCGGUACUACAGGUAACUUUGGGCAAAAUUCCAGGAUGGGCAAAUAUUCCCAUGUCCUAACCCUAACCUAAAACUUAACGCGGACGCUAACCUCAAAACUUGCCUGUAAAUUAGCGUAAGGCCCCCAGAAUAGAAUGGGUUUCUGUACUCGUGCCUUGGCGUAAACAGUUCACCUUACAGCGAGAUACGAGCAGCAAAAUUUAAGCCUCCGAUUCGAACAGAGUCGUGCUCACACAGAUAUGAGACCUUUAGACAGUCUAACUUUGAUUUUUCCAUGCAUUAUUUCAUCCUGUUCCCUCUUCCUUAAGAGUUUCCUACUUUUGCUCCCUACAGGUGGAAGAUGCGAGUAACCUUGAGAUUUUAGUUGACUGGCGUGAGUCUCAGCUAUCGAGCAUGAUGUUGUUCUGGAGUGCGUCUGUCAGAUGGAUUCGUGAUUCCUGCAAAGCACCAGGUUGCUUUCUGAACCACCUGGUUCAUCGAUAUUUGCGACUAUUGUUCUUCACCCGAGACCCCCCCCCCUGCUCAUAUGAGCCGAUGCGUCCUGCAAAGUCACGUACUUUACAGCAUUCUAUAUUUCCUGAAAGGCCUGACUGUUAGAAAGAGUGUUCUGGUAAAAGAACUUAGCGCUAUACGUGCGGAAUAUUUGUUUUUUGCACCUAUCACAGUAUAAAGUGCAAUUACACCAAAUUGGUGGGCGUCACCUUCAUUGAAUGUGAUUAUUUAAGAUCCAAAGUGACAACUUAGACCAAUGAUACAGUAUUUGAAUUCAGUUGACCUCAGCGCCGUUGAUCUAAAUUUAUAUACCAGGUCUCGCCAGCAUGAAGUUAUGGACGAUGGAUACGUGCGAAUAGGCCAUAGAUUGUCAUCUAAGACUCUCUGCCUUUGAUUUGAAGACUUUUCUAUUAUUAAUUGCUACAAAGUUUAUCUAGACCGAUCCAGCCGCAUCGACCUCCAACCGCAGCAGACUUCGGCACCAGGCUUAGCCAGUCACGCAACCCAUAGAUUGUGGGCCCGGAAAUCUACCUUCUUUGGAAUUUAAGACACCGCUGGAUUCUGGGACUACUUCAAGUCUGCGGAUAACGAAGAUAUUGUUGAGGUAGCUGAUCCAAAAUUUUCGACUUGUGAGUUGCGAAAAGUAGCGCAUGUGGUCUUUGGCGAGCUGCCUCUACAAGGAAACUCGAGGGCGGCGACCCAAUGAGUGAAUUUGUGAUUCGCGCGUAUCCAAGCCAUUUGGACCGAAAACGGACUUAGGAGACAGCUAGCACCUGCGCUGCCAGCACGGUAAGUCAUAUCGGGCUGGAUGAGUUAGCCCCGCGUCAGUGUCCUGCGUGUCUCGUCUUAACGGCUGUCUGGCCUGCCUUGUCAUUGCUAAUACCAAAACUACUGGUCGCUAUGCGCCCACCUUACGAAGAUCCCGGAUUGAGCCCCAAGGCGCAACGGGACGGGUAUGCGAUCCGCAAAGGCAUUUCCGCCUUAAUGUAUGCAUACAGUGCUGGUCCGAACGUACUUGCAACAUACGUACUAGCUAAAAGACUGAACGCGUCGUCUGCCUGUUUCUGCUGUUACGUGACGCAUUUGCGAGGGGCUCGGCUCCGCAUGGGACCUCUCAGCGUUUCUUACUGGUCCACAUGCUUUGCUUGCUACGCAACGAAUACUCAGGCUGAACAAACUGAAAACAGCGGAUGAAUAUCUAAUCCGCCUCACAUCAUAGUGUUCGUCUCAUGAGCGUUCGCAUGCUUUCUAUCGACUUCAGGUUCUCCUACGCUACAGACCUGGAGUCCCGGUCUCUGCUGACGGUGUUGCUGGCCGCCUCGUCGGUCCCCUGCGUGAAUCCACUCAUUUGGAGCCCCCUAUUGCCCCUCAUCCUCGCCUUAUGACAGGCGGUGACGUGUAUUCAACCUCUUUCGAGGAACCACCCAUCGGCCUAAGUGCAGGCAUCAGUACCCACGCUCUGAGCAAGGCAAGUAGGUGGGUACCAGCCCACCCCCUCCCUCACCCUCUCCCAAAGGAGAACACUAAUGUUUUUAUUGGUCGCAUUCCUAGUCGUUCUGCGUGAUUUGUUGCGGUGACCAGCUUUCUUGACAUGACCACCUCUUUGACCCAAAUUUUCACUCCCCCUCCAGCUGUAACCGGUCGCUGGUUUUAUGAGGGAAGAAGAGUACAUUUAGGGCGAAAAGCACGAAUUACUUAUUUGAGUACACCUUCAUUGCAACUAGACGCCGCGUCUGAGACAUCCUCAAGCUGCUGUCGAUGUUAGAGGUCCACAUUACCUGACCCCGAUCAGGGAUGACGGUGUUGGGUUUCUCCCUGCAGAGUUCACGUCACAUCGUCAGACUUGAGAUGCUCCUACUGUCGAAGUGUACAACCGACAGUCGGGCUGAGCGUGUGUCCGACUCGGCCGUUAGACGGGCAGUUCUACUGCUUCAGACAACCGAAGUCCGUGCACUCAUGUGGCACAAGAAAGUCGUAGGCGAAAUGCCUGAUUAGUCCUGGUGACUGAGCUCAUUUCCAGCCAGUUUUACUCAGUCUUCGCCUUAGUAUGAAGGAAAAAAGAGGGGGGAAUAAGGCAGAUUCUGCGGGUUCUUUUUUCAGUAUACCAAGUCCAACCUGCUCAGAACCAUCACGGCCCCCUAAAGGUCGUGACUUGGAAGGUUUCCAAAUGACAGAGCGACUAGGAACUGAAGGCCAUGUUGCAGUGGUCCCCCCUUAACGCGGCCUUACGGCCAUUCCUUCGCACAAAUUGGCCGAAAUCUGAUUCAUGUGGGCUGAAGACUUGGCGGUUUUUCAUCGAAAUUAGGAAGCAACACCGCUGUCUGGGAAGGCAGCGUUGACUUGUGCAUUAUUUUGAUGAUAAUGUAGGGCUGCUGGCCCGGCAUUGACCUCAUUCUUUUCUCCGUACCAUGACAGUACACAGAAUCACAUUGCACAUCCAGAUGUUUGCAGCGUUCCGCAAAAAAAAACGGAACACGUUUACGGUUUGUGAAAACUAAUUGUAUGGAGGCUCUCGCCGAGUGAAAUCGGAGUGUUGAAACAGUAGGCGUGUGCCACGCGUAGGCAAGGACGAAUGCAUGGUCGGUCACUGCACCCAAAGUUCAUCUUCACUAACUUUUACUCAUAGUAAAAGUUAGUGAAGAUGAACUUUGGGUGCAGUGACCGACCAUGCAUUCGUCCUUGCCUACGCGUGGCACACGCCUACUGUUUCAACACUCCGAUUUCACUCGGCGAGAGCCUCCAUACAAUUAGUUUUCACAAACCGUAAACGUGUUCCGUUUUUUUUUGCGGAACGCUGCAAACAUCUGGAUGUGCAAUGUGAUUCUGUGUACUGUUUUCAUAUGACUUCCUGUCCGCUCCAUCUUACCGGCCACUAUAUUUCUUUACACGAAACUCUCCCGCUACAAAACCGCAGCCGAUGGUCUUCUAUGAAAAGAAAACUGAGAAUUCUGGCCCUCCUGACAGUAUUCUGAAAAGAUGUCCCCGUCUUGAGCAAAUUAAAGUUAGAAAUUCUUUCAAACCUCAGGUUUUAUGCUGGAAAUUCUGAUGCGGAUUAGCGGUCGCAGUCGAGAGCAUCACUAAUGCGCACGUGCCGAUUGACUAGUGAAUCGUCAGCUAAGUCACGACUCUACUGAAGGUCACUUCCGAAUGUUGUGAUCUGUUUUUGCACACGAUGCCGCGUUUGCUGAUGAUAACAUUCUCAAUAACAUUUCAGCCAGUACUGGUAUUGAUACUGGUGGCAACAAUACUACUAAUAAUAGUAGUAGCGACGGCACCCAGUACCAGAUGACUGACAUGCCUGGACGGCCAACUGGUGCCUGGGAGGCGGAUGAGAGUGGAUUCGACACCAGGAAUACAUCCUCAUGGCAUAUUAGAGAAUUUCUCACUGAUAAAUAAAUCGGACGUUCUUUGAAACUACAAUAAUGCGCUAAAAGUUGUGACUUGGAAGGUUGCCAGCUAGAUGGAUAAAUUGGUCUGCAUGGCCAGUAUUGCACGUGCAUGUUGGGUGACUGGCUCGAGGACCGGAAAUCAGGCUGCAAUGGCUCCUUUAUGUGGCCUCUCCGGCAUUCCCACUUCGACGGGAUCCGAUCCACCUCUUUCUGUUUCUGUGAAAUCCUGGUAUAUUGUGUGCGAGGACUAGAUUGUAUGUGGUCCACGCAGUCGAGCUGCUUAGCGUUGUCAAGCAUUUGGCCGCAGCCCGCUUCCCGUCGUCCCGAGUAUGUUUUACCAUCGGGUCCAGAUGGCUAGGGGGAGGGGAGAACGCAGCAGAUCUUGGGUAAGUGUGCCAUCCCUCUAAACCAGGUCACGCACAAGUCACCGACCUGCGCUCAGCACGCUAUCAGGACACACGGCGAGCAUACUCGUUCGCGACGAUCGAGCUGGCAGCAGCAGCGGUGAUAGUAUGAAACUAUAAGGGGUCCUUCAUAUCAUCAUCCCACCCCCGGCAGUGUAUGUGAGACGUACUAUGUUCCCCUAUCAAAUGCAUUGCAGAAUAGGAUCGUAUUGCGUCAUGACACGAUUUUCCCCUUGCUUUUCACAUGCAGUCAUACAAGAAUGCUUUAUCUGGUUCACCAGCCCUAACAAAUGUUACCAUGAGCGCAUAUGAAGGACAAAUCACCGUCCUUCUUGGCCACAACGGGGCUGGAAAGACAACCCUUAUGUCCAUUCUCACGGGUAAGUUUUCUGUGCUUUUCUACACGCAUGUGAACACUUUUGGUACCUCCACUCAUUCGCCCUAAUGUCAUUAAUCCAUGCUUUAUGUGGAACAUAGGCCUACUUCCACCGACUACGGGUACUGCCUACGUUGGGGGUUUUAACAUUUUAACUGACGUGGAGUCUGUUAGGCAAACGAUCGGAUUUUGUCCCCAGCACGACCUUCUCUUCGAUGACCUAACCGUUUCCGAGCACCUCCGAUUGUUUGCCCGGGUGAGUUAAGAUUCUCUGAAGUCGUUCCCGCUUGAAAUUUUUUGGCUUAUGCGUGAGUCUUCCACCAGAUGUCAAGUUGGCAUCUUGUGCUGUCCUUCCUGUCGUCCAGAGUACAUCGAGGGUGUCUUUAUAUCUUUAUUUCACCUUCCCUUCUCUCAUUUAGUUAAAAGGCUGUCCGAAAAGUGAAGUAGAUGCCCAGGUGACGGCCACUCUUACUAAGGUUCGCCUUAAAGGAAAACGCAAUCGACGAGCCUGGACUCUGUCAGGGGGUACAAAGCGCCGUCUGUCCCUUGGCAUGGCACUCAUCGCUAACUCGAGGGUAGAUCCCAUCUAUGCUUUAUUUGUACAUUUUACUGGAUCUCUUAUUGUUCAUUCCCCCUCACAGGUUCUUUUCCAUUUCUUGUUUUUAAGGUCCUCAUUUUGGACGAGCCAACCUCUAGUCUUGACCCAGCGGCUCGUCGACAAAUUUGGGACAUUCUCCAACGUGAGCGCCCUUUCAGAACAAUCUUAGUAACCACACACUAUAUGGAUGAAGCUGAAUACUUGGGAGAUCGAAUUGCCAUUCUGUCGGGGGGCAAGCUGAAGUGUCUUGGCUCACCCCUCUUUCUGAAAUCCAUAUACGGUGCGUGUCUAUUUACUGAAACAAUUUACUUGCAAAAACUGGAGUCGGUUUUAUUAAGCCACUUCCUCUUGUCCAGGAACUGGCUACUGCUUAACUCUCACGCUCCUGCCAGUGUCUAAUUCGGAGGAGGUUGUCGCCUUUAUCAAACAACACAUCUUUCAAGCCGAAGUGCAGUCGCACGAUGGAAAUGAACUGAAGAUCAUCCUCCCGUUGGAAUCUGUCCCCAGUUUUCCAAACCUUUUGGGCUUGUUGGAAAAGAGGACUCUUUCCCUUGGAAUCGCCAGUUUUGGCCUCUCCGUAACGACAAUGGAGGACGUCUUCUUGAGGUACUCUUAUUUUCCGAUCAAGCUAGUGAGGCGUUCUUGUGGUCAUUUCUAAUGCUAUCCUCUUUGGCCUCAUAGAGUAUGUGAUAUCGGACCAUCUUCCGCAACUCUGACCUCGAAGAAUGACAGUCACUUCCUUCCACCUAACCGACUGCGCGGAUCCUUUUUGUCAACUAGUGGUGAGUGCCUCUUCUCUUGGUAUACUGUUUUCCACUGAUGCUCAACUGAAAUAUGACAACUAGAUUUAUACCCCUCAAGCCCAACACUGCCUUUAAUGGAUCAUUUAUCUGCCCAGGAUUGUCUAGUUUGCAGGCUUGACAAUUAAUUCUGCGAAGUCUGUCUUGCUUGUCGUCUUCGAAUCUUUUAUCACUGCCCCCUGAACCUCCUUCUUUCAUUUAAAGGAUACACUUGCCAAAGACACUUUUUCUUAUACCAAUCUGAGUGUACUCAAGCUUCAGAAGUAUGCAACUGAGUAGCCCAUGCGAGCUGACGGAUCUUUUCGCUAUAAACCUCAUGCCUGUAUGCGGCAGGUGCACAGUUCAACUCUUUUCAGACAGAUCUUAAAUUUAUCUCUUAAUCAGUAGUUUGAUGCUCAGGGUCAAACACCUGCUAUAAUCUGUAGAUUUUAUGAUUGGGACACUUUUUGGGCCGACCAUGAAAAAUCGGGAAGCUCUUAAUGGUAGAACACCCGACCUAAGGUCCUCGGUUCGAGCCCAUAUCUCGUGGUAAACGUUGUCUGGAUAUGUGCGUCUUUUGAUUUCCCGCAGUGUACACAAGUAAAUGUCCUGGCGUAAUUUUGACCUACCACACAUUUGUAAUUUGACUAUCCGCAACUCAUUGGGCUGUAUUUCUAAGAGUAGUUUACCCCUCUUAGCAUAUGAUAGCUUUCACCAAUCUAGCCUGAUUAGGAACUGGAAUGGAAACCUGCUUCCAACUGACUGCAACAUACCAUUCCAGCCCCGUGUCUUCGUAGAUAAUGCUUUUCGGUUAUUAAUUGCUGGCUGUUAGGUGAUUGCUUGAGUACGCCUAAGGCCGAAGCUCCAGGGCAAAAAUGAGUGUAUUCCGUCCGACCAUCGAGAUCAAUGGACACUGGUUGGACACCGAAACCAUUUGUAUACAUUUUUGAGCCUUUAAAUCCGUGCAGGAGUCCGUUGUCAGAGAUUACAGAAACAACAGGAUAAAGUUCAAGUGAAGGGUCACUUUAGCCAGUUAACGAUCAGUGUCUUCUGUCGGACUUGUAUAAAUACCAGGACAAUGUAGGCACUUUAUGCAGUACACUAUAACUGGUUGAUCACUGGAGUACAAUCGGUCUCUCACUAAACCUGCACCGAAUCGAGCUCACACAUCUCUGUUCCAUGCCAGUGACAACCUCGACUCAGGUCGACUGUGGGCGAUGUGAUCGGGCGCAGCACCUGACUUGGCAUAGAACUGCAGUCAACGUGCGCCACGCAUUUUCUUAUUCCAACACAAGGACUAGUCUUCAGUAGGAUGCUCCCCGUGCUAUGCAGAAGAACAGCUAAUGAGACGCAUCAUAUUGUGCUGUAUUUCUAGACGUAUGCGUCCGUUUUGGAACGCGGUAUCUACAAAGUCUCCCGCUGCCGCACACCAAAGACACCUUGUAAUGAAUCUCGGCUUAACCAGCUUUUUAUAGACUGAGUAGUUGUACUCCGAUCGUCCCGGUUGGCACUGUUUUAGGCCGACAGCUUCCAGAGCAGCAUGUCUAAGGAAAAAUCUAUUGUACUGGAGCCGGUAACAAAAGCUAUCGCCUCCGGAUCCAGAACCUAUAGGGAACAGAUUUCGCACUAACAGUAAACUAGGACGCAACCAUCCCUUCAGCCGAUCAGGGCGCAGUCUUUGGUAUCCUGGAGUGCUAUCUAUCGGGCGUAAUUCCGGGCUGACUAACAUACCCGGGCGUAGGAUGUGCAGCAAUGACACACCUUAAAUGCUCGCUACUUUGCCAGGCAGCCCAGCAGGAAGGGAUGUAGCAGAUUUCGCAUAUGAAUAUAUUGCGGUAAGUCCUAGUGAGUCCUUCGUACCCGACAGAUGCUCUGCAGCAUUUAAGUUGGUGGUUCCGAAGCUGUUUCCCUUUUACCGCGUUUUAACCAUACAGAUUCGCUCGUUACACAGCAGUUUACCGUUCCGCCACGCUACGGAGGAGUAGGGGGCAGCGGGGUUUAAAUCAGAAGUUCAAAUCUGCGUUCCCAAAAAUGUGUCGUGGUAAAUUGUAUAAAAAUUAAUGGUCUUUGGGAGGGAGAUAUGGGGAUAUUGUUAUGUUUUAGUUCCAUGGUACGAUCACUGGAAAUGCAAACCAUUUCCUUCCUCAUCUCGAGGGAACGACGCAAUUCGGACGGUUUCAAUCUAAUCGAGAAAAAGAACUUGCUAAAGUAGAAAAACGAAACUUGCCUGAGCAGUCGAUGGCAACCACGAGUAACCAAGUAGACACAGUCGCGUCAGAUUCGGACAUCCUCACUACUGACACAAAAGACAGGGAAAGUAUUGUCACGGACACUGCGUUGUUAGGUAAAGAAAAGGUCCCCCAAGUAGAUGGCAAUCAGAACAUCAGAGGUAUUUCGGCAGAUUUCAAAUGAUUCACUUUGACUCAACUGUGGAACCCGAGGCACCGAAUUUUUCAAAGUUGGGCCAAGGUGAACAGGAACAUCGGCCUGAAAGGUUCGCCGGGAACUUCCGAAUCGCCAUCAUCACGUAAAAGAACAGUCCCCUCCGAGAACAGUGCUUGGUAAUACAGAGCCUUCAGGCGACAACUGCAGACAUGCCUAAGGAACGUGUUCUAGUUGAUCUUGACUUGUUCCAAGGUCUUCUGAACUCAAUGCUUCAACCCAACUAAGAAUUUUAGGUAUAAAAAGUCUUCAGGCUCAGAAAGCGGACUACUGAAAUCUAUAUUCUACCACAUUCUAGGCCCUUCAAAAUUGUUCUGAGUUGCAAACAGCAGGUUAAUCUCAUCCCUUCAAGACGUUUCCGAUUAAAAUAUUCCCACCAAGAAGCCUUUUUUCAGCCGUAUUACGUACCAGCGGAGCGGCUAAAAUGUCAGCAGUUAAUCCAGUGGCUCAUACUAUGACACAGGAGCGGAGAACAAAACCUGGUUAUAGACAACAACCGCAUAAUCGAACGGCCGUCCCGGUUUAUAUGGACUCAUCCUGUGUGUAUGUCGCCACAUCUGAAUCACGUGACAAAGGUGGCGGCAUAGCCUGCAUGCUACAAACAAAAACUGAAAUGUUUGCAUACCAAUGCGCAACAUCUGCCGCCUAAAUUAAAUGAGCUUAAGAUUUACGUAAGUCAAACUUUACCAGAUGUCAUAUCCAUAACUGAAACAUGGCUGUCCGCGAACAUAAACGGUCACAAAGUCGAUCUUUCCGGUUAUCACUUGUUCAGAAAGGAUAGAGUAGGACGCCAAGGUGGGGGUGUCCUCACAUGUCAAACAUGGCCUGAUUGUGUCAGAAAAAAACGGGAAAGCUCGCACGCACAACUGAGACAAUUUGGCUCACCAUCAGAACGCCGGAAUCACAAGCUCUCGACAACCUGACGGUCUACCGACCACGGAGGGACGACUCAAUCAGACAGCAGUCUGAUAGAGGGAUUAGAAGAGCUUUCGAUCCGAUCCGUUCUCAUGAUUAUGGGCGAUUUUAACGCUCCGAAUUUCGACCGAAAUCUGAACUCUGCCCUAGGCCCAGAAUUAAACUUCGAUCGCCGCCCCCUACAAGCAGUACAAAAAUCACAUCUCACUAAACACGUCUCGUCUCCAACCAGGCUAAGUGAAGGACAACAAGCCAACCGCUUGGACUUUGUAAUGACGAAAGCGCCUGACGACGUCGAUGUCGUAAACUAUGUACCCCCUCUCGGAAAAAGUUAACACUAAGUUCUACAGUGGAAGUGUUUCCUCUUCUCCGUACCUGAUCAAGGCAUCACUAUCAGACGCAACAUAUAGCGUGGAGAUUUUAACCAAAUGAAAAUCGACGUGCGCCGUACAGGCUGGAAAGCAACAUUCACGAAGUGUGUUCUCGAGAACUGGUUGGAAUUUAAAGCCUUAUUGCAUGCACCUAUCACCAGAUACUGCCCUAGAUGGAAAAAAAGAUCACCAGCAGGCCCCGAUGGCUGAAAGCCACACAAAAGAGAGAAAUAAACCGCUGUCGAAACAGUGGAAAACCUAUCUCAGGGAGAAGACUACCGAGUUAAUGAAUAACUAUAAAGCGCGGAGAAAUAAGGUAGGCAGCCUUGUUUAUAAAGCCCGCCAAGACUUCGAGAGUAACCUACUGAACUGUGCAGGAGAAUAUCCAAAGCUUUUCUACAACCAGAUAAGGCAAUGCACUCACAAUAGGGACCCCACCUCUGUGCUAAACAACGGAUGGUGAGGUUGAACUUUGUGUAGACGACAAAAAGGCUGAGCAUCUAUCUAAAUUCGUCAUUCAGUUAUUACGAGAGAAGCCGAUUUAACCGCUGAUGAAUAUAGUGCGAAUGAGGUCCCAAAAAUUGACUCAGUAGGUCUCAUGAAAGCUAUUGCUCAACAAGAACUACCGAAGCUGAAAGAAGCGACAUUGCCAGGCCCUGAUGAAAUACCAGCAAAGUUGUUGAAGUGGUUAGCCAUAAAACUGGCAGAACUCCUAAAUCAUUCUCCUAGCCCUCCCUCGAUGUAGACAGAUUGCCACCUGAGUGGAAGACUGCUUGGAUUUCACUGAUACAUAAAAGUGGCAGUCGCGCUUUCAAAAACAACUACUGGCCGGUAAGCCUCAUCUCCCUAUGCUGCAAAGUUAUGGAGCGAAUUAUCGAACGCGAGCCGACGCAGUUUUUAGAGCAACAUCAUCUGUCUGAUGGGCAGCAUGGAUUCCGCAGAUGAAGGUCCUGCAUGACCAAUUUACUCAACUGUCUAGAACGGUGGACCCGAGCGAUCGAUGGAGGAAACGUGGUGCAUGUGGCCUACGUAGACUUCAAGAAGGAUUUCGAUAGUGUGCCACACCAACGUCUCCUGUACAAGCUCAGCCGCAUAGGGGUAAGAGGCAAGCUUUUGAAGUGGAUUGAAAACGUCUUGGUUGGUCAAUCUAAGAUGGUUCGUCUUGGUGACCAGCAACCGGCGGAGGUGACGGUUGCGAGCGACGUACCUCAGGGCUUUGUUAUUGGCCCUAUCCUUUCCCUUAUAUAUACUGAUGACUGCAUCCGUGGGUUGGACUGUGGCAUUAUCACGUUUGCUGACGACAUGAAGCUUUGGAACGUCAUCCGCAACGAGGAUGAUGAAACAAAUAUACGGGCAAACGUGAACCAACUCGAACAAUGGUUAAGUCAUUGGCUCCUCCAAUUCAGUGUUCCCAACCAGCUAUGCGCACCGGAGGACGUACUAUCUAAGUCACACACAGCUACCAGAGGUAGGAGUUCGGAAGGAUCUAGGUGUGUGGAUCGCGACCUAAUUGAAAGCAUCAUUCAACUGGUUGAAAGUAGCUAAAUCCGCAAUGUCAAGCUUACAUCUCAUCAAGCGAGCAUUUACGGAGUUCGACGAUGUGUGCUUUGGUAAGGCCUCCUGGAUGUUCGUGCGACCAUAUUUGGGAUUUUCCAUUCAGGCCUGGAGACCGUGGACUGCCAAAGACCGCUGCAUCCUUGAAAAAGCCCAACGACGGACAACUCAGCUUGUCAGAGGCCAAAGCAACCUGUCCUACGAAACUCGACUGUCCAAUCUCGACCCCUUUCCUCUGGAAUACAGGCAGCUACCUGACGACUUAAUUCAAGCGUUUCGCAUGCUGCGGGGUCAGGAUUGUCGCCUAGCGUCCGGCGACUUCUUUGAGCCGGCCACCACUACCAGCUUGAGGCGACAUACUUCCAAAAUACGUGUGACAGGGACAAGACUGGACUCAAGGAGGUUCUUUUUCAGCCCCACAGUGGUUUAGGCAUGGAAUACUCCGCCUGUGGACGUUGUCGUGACCCCAUCAGCGGACACAUUUAUGAGGAAGCUUGACCACACAAUCAGAAACUAGCAAAUUUCCCUCCUUAUAUCAUCCCUCGAAAGUCAUACACUACCAAGUAUACUUCUCCCCAUGUUUCAGCGACAUUAUUUUAUAAUCGUCUCGGUAAAUAUCCCCAUCGGACGAUGCGUGAUCCGAUGAAUUCUGGCUGAAGUUCAAGUGUCUGUUUCCAUACUACUUGGUCCAUUUAAAUAUAGAGUCUUGAUAAUUCAAUUUUUUCACACCAUUCAUUGUCUCAAGUACUACAUGGUUGUUGCAUGCAACUAUUUAGCCACUCUUUUUUCCAACUUUAUUUGUGUUGUUUUGCGAUGUUCAAAGGCGUUCGCCUACCCUUCCUUAGUAAAACUGAACGGAACUGGACUGCCUUUAAGUCUUAUCACCUUAAUCGCUGCCCUUUGCAUCAUAGCAUCCGUAACCACUGAUUAAAAUAGGAAUUAGGGACAUCCGGCUUUUGUAUGUUUGCAAAGCAGCGUGUCAGUCGUUUAAUUUACUCAUCUAGCCGAGAAAUGGUCAUGCCACCUUCGUUUUUUCUGCCUGCAGAUUCCAUCGAGUCUCAGUCUUAUGCAUCUUCACGUAAGUAACCCUAGUUUUAACUAUUUCCGCCUCUCUGCGUCUGUCCCAACGUGGGAAGUCCUUUUUAAAAUUAUUCUUCUGUAAUACAGGCUUGUCCCCUUAGGUUGUCCUCAAGACAAAAUUUCAUACGGUAGAGGUGGAUCUUGGGGCUGCUUGGGUGGGAUGAGAUGCAUGUGAUCGCGUGGAAAAUCACAGACCCUUCGUAUAGUGAUCAUGCGAUAUGAAACGAACCAGUGUAAUUCCUGGUAUUAUUAUAACUUCGCAGUUACACACCCAUUGAAUGAAGUAUAAUAAAGUAAAUGAUCCUGUUUCCCCAACGGCCUUACUCAUUACCACAGGGUUUGUAUGGUCAGACCCCCAACUAGACGUGUACCCACAGGCACCAUAACGUACGUACUUGUAGAACCGGAUUUCCGCGUAUUUCUAUCAGAGUACACCUCUCCCGUCUUUACUACCCCACAAUUGGAUGCGUAUGUGUAAGGUGAGGUUCCCCCUCAAACGGUAGAUGCGCUAAACCAGCACGGGGGCUAGAUCGGAGUCCGGCAGGCGUUGUCAGGAAUGCGCACCUAUAACAAAUGCCAACAUUCGGGGUGUGGUGGCACGCCCAGUUGCCGUCUCACGCCGCGCCAUUUGGGGUCUGUGCCACGUCCGUCCGUGCUCUCGCCCUGCUGUGGAACACACAAUGGACAUCGUCAGUCAUGUUAGCUGGACUACCUUAAGGUGAAGGCCAUACGCUAGCGUGAUAUGUCCGUGUAACCGUCUGUAUGCUGCGUGGUCACUGUUUAGAUGGCUGCCUGCCGCAACGCAGUUAGCGCAAUGUAACUGCACCAGUUUGAGUAGAAUUAAGCAAAACAACGGGUGGAAAGGACCUUUGUGGACCAAAUGUGGAUAACCUGAGGGAGUGAGUAAUACAGUGAGAUGGGUAAAAUUCAUAAUAAGAAGGGCAGUUGAAGUAGUCUCUUGGCAAGAUUCGACAUGCUGUAUCCAACAGUACUGUAUCCUAAGACCGCUUAUUAUUUUUGGCUUUUCUUUUUCAGCAAAGAUCAGUUGGUCAGAAAGCCCCUGAUACGCUGGAGUUAAUAAGAACGUUGUUUUGAGGUUGGGGCGUUAGUAAGUACGAGUUUAGUAGUAAAUUACUGCCGUCGCAGAGAUGGCUGAGCUAUCGUACACGGAAGUGCUGAGACUAGUGUUGAUUUAAGGCACUGGUAUGACAAGAAGUAAUAACAGGUGUCACCGAGUUGUAACAAACUAAGAAAAGGGAGUGGAAUGAUACGUGUUCGAAUCCUUAGCACGAUGUGGCAGGCUGAAGAGGAGGUGUGUUCCGGUGCCUACGGUACGUCCGAGGACUAGUGCGUCUUAGGUCACAGGCAUGACCAAAAUAAAGAGUAACAAAGUACCCCAAUGUUGGUCUAAGUGGUAGACACAUUGGCUUCAUUAUCACAGAAAGUGCACGUCAGGGAUAUCAAGGGCAUAUGCGGGGAAGGGAAUGAAGCUGCGCACAGUAAGAAUUAGGCCAUGACCGCGAGUACGACCGCACAGCGACAUAAUUACUCAUAAAAUGCCUGUCCCCUCCACUAGGGGGUAUCCUGUUUUUCAUGCAAGUUGUCCAACAGGUGGUCUUUCACGAUGAGAACUGAAGCGUGUCUUUCCUAUCUAAAGGAUCACGAAAAAACUCAACAAAUCAUUGGUUAGCCCGAAUUGAUGGUGUACUGUCAGAAAAUAAGGUGUCCUUGAUCAGAAGAAGAACAAGAACAAGGAGAAGCGAUCGCUGGAACAAGGGCUUUAUCGUCCUGACGUUUCGGAUUCCCACUUGAAUCCAUCAUCAGAGAGAGUGGCAGUGAUGAUGGAUUCAAAUGAGAAUCCGAAAGGUCAGGCCAAUAAAGACCUUGUUCCAGCGAUCGCUUCUUCUUCUUCUUCUUCUUCUUCUUCUUCUUCUUCUUCUUCUUCUUCUUCUUCUUCUUAUGAUGAUGAUGAUGAUGAUGAUGAUGAUGAUGAUGAUGAUGAUGAUGAUGAUGAUGAUGAUGAUGAUGAUGAUGAUGAUGAUGAUGAUGAUGAUGAUGAUGAUGAUGAUGAUGAUGAUGAUGAUGAUGAUGAUGAUGAUGAUGAUGAUGAUGAUGAUCAACUAGUUCUUGGAACUCGCAUCUUCGCUUGUAUCGUCAAUAGGGUGUCCUUGUCCACCGACUGCAUUACAGCUGUGGGAGGAAAGGAACCAGAAAAUCCACCACAUAGGUGUGUUGUUCAGGUGUGCCCGCGGCAACAGACUCUCCUCACUGCAGACUGGAUUCAUCUUCGCCAACAGUAAUUACCCUGUUGGACACUGCACGCUAGUUAUGGGAAUUAGCCCACAGUACACAUUUGAAUAGCACCCCAUUUUCAGGAGUGUGUGGGUAGGAGUUCCGCCGACCGGGUGGUCCGAGCGUGUAAGUCCCGAUUCGUGAGACCGUUUGGGGCACGCAAGUAAGAUAUAGGACACCGCAAACAUCAAGAUUGGGUGGUAGGUAUGUCUUCUGUUUGUCAAUUGCGGGCCCUGUUUGAGCAGGCCAAUGAUAUGAGAUGACCUUCACUGGGCGUCGCUAUUAAGAUGUGAGCAGCCGUCGAUAGUGUACAUCUAACCGACGAAUGGAAAGCUUACGUACGCCUUAUUACACCGGGCUGUGCACGUUAUUAGAUUAUUCGAAAAACUUGUUAAUCCCACCACCGUCAGUCAUGUAAGUUUUUUAGAGUCCCACUUACUGCGGAAAAGCGGCCCCGUCUGUGGAAGGGAAUUGUGGGUUCGCCUAGAUACGGUGCAGUAUCGCACGUGACUUCGCCUGAAGCUCCACAACUUCUCCGGGUCCUGAUAAACUUUCCUAAGACACCUGGCUGCAGGUUAUCCCACCCGCACUUUAGACCCUUUGGCACUUACCCCAUUGACCCCGUAAAUACACUCCGUCAAAUCCACUCAUGGCGUGUGUCAACACUGUGCACCUUCGCCUUGACGACCUUACCUUUUUAACUGGUAACCGGCAAAAUAGCUUCCGUAUGCUUGCCGGUGAUAUUUUAAAGAAUUUCAACCACCGAAAAGUUCUGCGGAUCUCAAUUCACGGAAUCCUGAAGCAGGGGGGGUGCUUGACAUGAAGCGUACGACUGUACUGCUUGUAGCUAUCCCAUAGCCGGACCAAUUUACACGCGCAAUUUGAUUGAGUGGGUUUUACUCCUUCUUACCUACGUUUGGCUUCACCUGUCGGUAGAAAAAGUUACCGAGAUGUGGCGGUUGCACUUAGCGCAGUUUCAUUUGGUGGCAAAAAAGAACUGGGGGUCAGAUUGUGUCUGAUAGGAGGGACUACCUCCCGUAGCUUGGCGCACGUUGCAGAUGUCAAUCCCUUAAACCAUAUACGCCUAUCCGGUCACACUUUUCACCUUAAACUCUUAAGUUAACCUACACACUUACAUCGAUCUGUUAAACCGACUCUGCUCACAAUACUUCAGCGCUGUAUCAUAUUGAUGCCUCCCCCCCGUUUCACAUCCACCUCCCGUUUUCAGCUGGACCGCUUCUUGACCUCGAUCCACUUGAGUUGCGUAGCGCCACCGGCAUAGCCCUCUACUGUUCUCAAAUUUUUGCCCUCCUGGGGAAGAGGUUUACGUACAGCAAGCGACACCCCCUUCUCACCUUCUCCCAACUCCUCAUCCCCUGCAUCUGCACUCUGGUGGCCCAUCUCCUCUACCGCGAGUUUGCCAACAGCGAUUCCGAUACCCUACCCGCGCUAGCCCUCUCGCUCAAGCCGUUUGGUUCGGGUUUGGUGGUUGCCACGGCAACUGCACCUAGUCCCGACGCCGCGAGCCUGUUGACGGCCUACGAAAGCCAAUUUGUGCCUAGUCAGGCCACCAUCCGCAGGCUCGGGAGUCCCUCCACUUUUGAGGCUAGUUCGACAAAUUUUUCGCCCCAUCUUAAAUCAAAAUGUUCUUUUAGUGUUACACUGCUGACCUUGAUGAUUCUACUUAGCCCUUGUCAUGGUUCCUCGGAAGGAUAAAUGAUAAGACAGUUAGGCAGGUCGCUAUGUCACUUGCUCCAUGCACAUAACAUAAUUGACUGAUCUGCUUGAAUACAGUGCACAAAAUGCUACUUUAUAAUAUAACGACGCAUAUUUGUAAAGUGCAUAUCCAUGGACUCACGACUUACGUCUUUCUCUCAUCGGACCUACGUAUAUUUUUAGCCUGUAAUUUUUGCAACGCUGUUCACAGGUUUCUAGUAGGACUAAUAAUGCUCGUUGAAGGUUGUAAGAAUACAGAAGGUGGUAGGAGUGAAGUUUUGACUCUGUGGUUUUUCAGGAGAGCGUUUUGAACGCAAGUCUGAGCAGCCUACACAUUUACAUCACCCAAUACAUCGUUGGACUGGUUGUGCAGCAAAGCACAGAUGUUAUUGAGGCGACUGGCUACUUCAUGGGUGAAUCUCUGCACGCUCUUCCGGUCGCCCUUAAUGCUCUCUCCAACGCUCUGCUCCGAAAGGCGGCUAAUGAAAGUUCGCAGGACCCGGUUAGUCUCCAUUACAUUUUCAUUACAAGUCUCCCGAGUGUAUCAUUCAACCCUGCUUUAUUUUGUCUUAUAUUUCCAUUUUUUCAAAAGCAUGCAGAAGACAGCUUUUUGCCUCCACUUUCUUACUCUUUAAUGCUUUUUACCUACCGUUAACUUAUAAUUGAUUAAAAGUUUUGCACCGAAAUCAAGCAACUUGUUAAUUUCCCUAUACCCGUCUCCAUCCGCUCCGUCUCAAACCCCGUUUACGUGUCGUCCCCACCAAAAUGUCUCCUCAACUCCAACAGGCUUUUGCAUGAGCGGGAUUUUCUCCUAGAACCUUGUUCCAUAUCACAGUCUUCCCCCAGUGAUCCCGGGUUUCUGAUAGGCGCGAAUAGACAAGUUCCAAGAAACAGUUCAGUAGAACAAGCUGUGAUUGCUGGAACAAUAAGUCCACUGGUUUGACGUUUCGGAUUUCCUUUCGGACUCAUCAUCAAAGGCAGUCGCAUGACCCAUGACUCUGGUAUUCGUGAUUUCUGCUAAAAGGGACUGAUUUAUACUCACCGCUAUUCUGGGGUUUUGUCUUGUGUGCUACGCUGUUAUAGUACCCCCAUGACGCCUCCAUGACUGUCACAUUUAGGUUCUUAGUGAUCUACCCCCUCGCGCCUGGCACAAUUGAGUAAAUCAAUUUCUCAAGACGCGUAAAGUUGCAUUCAUGCAAAGUUCCUAAUCAGUCAAGCAGCAUUUGCCAUUUGGUUCUACUCCUAUUCUGUCCCCCCCCCCCUUUUGGGCUGGUUUGUGAUCCCUCCGUCUGUCACUGGGCUUUGUUUGUUUUCUGUCCUAUCGGUUUAGCUAUUUCUAUGAUGGCCAUUUGAACUUAUUUCUGGCCACUUGCCGUUUUCGCAAUUUUCUCAUUUCCCCCGUUUAUUUACCUUCCUCUUAUAUGCUUUCUCUUGAAGGACCUCUACCGUAUCGAGACCUUCAAUCACCCGCUGCCGACCACGGCGCCAACCGAGCUUUUUGGCAUAAUCACAGCACCAGAAACCUGGGUGAACAUCCUCAUCUCCGGUAUCUCCCUCUCAGUGAACGCCCUUACGGGCGUCUCCUUCCUCGUUGCCAGUCUGGUCUUUUGCCUUAUUGCUGAGCGCACCUGUAGCGCCAAACACCUGCAGUUCAUAUCCGGAGCCCGUCUGGGUACGCCUACUAGCUCGUAAUUCCACAUUCUGCCCUUGCCUCCACCACAUUACCGUACCGUUAACAUCUCAAUAGCUGCUGGAAAACCAGGCCUGAUUCCUGCCCCAGCUACGGGCUACUUAUCGCAGCCAUGACCACGCCUGAUCUAGCCAGUCUACACAGUGCCGCCGGUUGUACCUGACCACGCGUGACGAGCUGCGACAAAAGACCUGGCAUUCUCCUCUCCAUCAGCGGAGACCAAAUACCGAAGCUCGACGGAUCAUCUUCAUGUCAUUAAGAACGAUGUCAAGGCAGGUUUUCGGUUGACCUCUUUGUAGCCGUCAGACACGCAGUGACGCCGGAUUGAAGACAUUAGCAUUUGACUCAUGAAACGCGUGAUGAGGAGCGUGCCCAAACCCCCGCAAUCGUCUUUCAUUGACAGCCUUUUGAUAACUCGACACCCUUCCUCUCACCUUUGAGUCCGUCGCAGAAAUCGGGAGUUUGCCCAUCAACAUCAUUUUAUUUUUUGUGGGGGGGGGUGGGGGUUAGAGGGAAGUAUGGUCGUUCCCUAUUUGUGCAUUUUAGCUACAUGCAUAGAUGACCAUCCACAGAACGGUUAAGUAGUUAAUCCCGAAAAUUAAAGUCAUUGGUGACCUUCCGCGGUUCUUUUGUUUGUGGGCAUGAUGGUGAUCAUUAGUGGACUUACUGUGUGAUCUAAAGUCUUUUACUUAGAAUCUCCCCACAACCAUAAUUGCUUUGUCUCGUAUUACUUUUAGACUUUAGGGGAAGUUUGAAGCCUUUGGAGAGCAAGGGUUUUGAAUCCUUCCAUGAAAUCCUUCAUUGGUAGAUGCCACUUUUCAUGCGUAGGCAGUAUUUAUACGGAUGCUACGCAUGACAACGUGAAGUGAUCGCGACAGGUCAACACUGGAAGGAAACAUUAUCCAAUCGGAAGCUACAAACGACUCCGCCCUGGACACUACUCUAGAUUUCAUCUGGCCAUCGCUCUGGAUAUGUGCAUACCAUAGACUGCAGCACUUUAUUUCCACUCUCCCUUUUAGGCACUUACUGGUUCUCCAUGCUAGCCUGGGACGCGGUGACCUACGCCAUCUCCGGCCUUUGUGUCUUCCUAGUCUUCCUCCUCUUCAGUAUUCCGCCCUUCGCACGGGGCAGUCGGCUGUGGUUAAGUGGGCUCCUGUUAACUGCUUUCGGCUGGUCUGUGAUUCCCGAGAUGUACCUCCUCUCCGUCCUCUUCAGCACUCCCGCCUCCGGCCUGGUCUGGCUCAGCGCACUCAACAUCUUCUCCGGUGAGUUCUCUGCCCCACCGGCGCAGAAUCUUUACGAUCAGUGAUGACGAUGAUAAGAAGACGAAGAAGAGCGGUGAUUCUGUAGGCCGAAAGCAGCAACUAACUUCAGCAUCGAUACUCGGACUUAUGCACGAUUUAUCUGCCGGUAUGGCUUUGAGAAAUUCUUGAAUGGGCAGGCGUCAGCAGUACGAACUCUGGUUUAGGUGAAGGUGUGCCCGGUAUCCAGGGUUGCGCAUGGCUGUUCGGAAAGAGCAACCUCGUCUCAUUACUGGCAGUUGCCGUUCAUAUGUGCUCUCAGGGGCGGAUUUAAAGUAUGACCACGAUGUAGACAGUUCGACCGUGGUUUCCAACGAUGUCCCCCUGUGUUCCACAGCAAGGUUGAAUCAGAGACGGUGAAUUGUGCGUAAAUUAGUUUAUAAUUAUAGUAGACUUACGCAGCACUUACCGCACUCCCCCCUCACCCACCUGGAUCCGGUGCCAUGGCGGAAUCUAGAAGACCCGGGGCGGCAGAAGGCACAGGUUGCUGGCACGGCAAAAACCCGCACCUAAGCGCAUGCCACCACACCAGCUCAGAUCGCACUAAAUGGAAGUGCCAUAUAGGACACAUUUAUGAGCCACUGCAGCCUAGUUCUUAGUCCACCAGUCGGCCACUCAACACGAACACAUUGGGCUGACUGGGUGCUCUAAGUUGAAGCGUCAAUUGGCAACCUUCCAAUCCACAGCAUGUAGCGCACUGUGGUAGUCUCAAGUGCGUCAGUUUGUUUUUAAUGACGAAUUAUGCGCCGAGAGUCGAUCUCACUUUGUCACUUCCCUUUGCCUUGCACCAGUCGACUGUCCGUGCCGGCCAACCAACUGAUGCUGAGAUUGAGAAAGGUGGUUGGCAGGGCUAAGAAGAGCUCGUCUGAGCGUGCCACGCACACGCCUUUGGCCCCUCCACACCAGGAUUUCACACAGAGGGAAGUAGAUUGCUCGGGCCUUACACGUGGCAGAUGAAACACACGGAGAAAGAACUGAAGAACACACUUCUCACUCACGUGAGAGGUGCCGGUGAUGUGGAGUGUUGAAGGUGGUGCUCAUGUGCGAUGCAUGCGCUGAUGGGGAAGUAUGUGUUAAUGCGGCAAUAUCCAAGCGGCGGUUCACCGCACGUUUUCAUGGAGGCACAUGCGAUGGCCGAGUGUGUGAAGCUAAUGCAGGCAGCUGAGGCAAUGCUGUGUGGUGUAUGUUGGAGCACCACGACCAUAUCGCGUCAAAAGUAGUGAACGAACUCACAACGCCACAAUAGCCAUGGCCCAGUCCCGCGUUAGAUGAUAAGGGACACUGAAGUUUGUAUUCUAUACGGAAAUUCAGUGGUGGUCAGAGCCCUCGACACACAGCCGUCUUUGGGUCUGCGCACCCUUCUCUUCAUUAGCAUGGUGCGUGCGCGAGUGAAUAAGCGUCACAUGGGAGCCAGCCAGUCAGCUUGGUCAGUUGAUUGGGUGAUAAUGGAGUUUGUGGACGCCUGUGAUUGGCUGUACUCGGGGCUCAAUGUUCUCAUGUUCUGUUGCUCAUGCGCCGUGGUCACAUUCGUAGCACGGUGUUGGUGCCAUAGACGGAAAGCCUAUUCUCGCCUGUUGGCAUACCUUGAAGCAUGAAAUCUAUUGCGUGUCUAUUUUAGGAAGUAGUUCGGUUACGUAACGCGGCUCCAUUCGACGCUUUUUGUUUCCAGGGCAGUGAGUAUCCCAUAAAAUAACAUACAAGCCCCGCCUCCCCGUUGUCCUCGUCGUCCCUGAUCAAAAGUGAAUCUUGAGCUUGGAGAGUUCUGCCUCCAAUGACGCGAUGGGGUGGAUAAAACAGUCUUGAUAACGAUAGGGUAUAGGACCCCCAACUAAUCUGAGCUAUCCUGUGGACCGUGUCGUACGUUCAAUAGUGGUAGAAGGGGUUUUAUGGGUGGGGCACCACACAGGACGGAGAGCAAGAAGACACAGAAAAUAGACAAAUUUCUGCCGAAAGUCCUAUUGCACGCUGACUUUUGCCAAUAAAAGUUAGCGUGAUAAUUAAAAAAUAAACAAAAAGCAAUUUCCAAAAAAUAACGGACUUUGAAUAAAGCGCCACCGGUAAGUUUACAUUGAGUCAGGAAGGGAAGGAAAUUUCAAACAGUGGGAAUGGUAAAUUGCAAAUGAUGUCUACACCCACACUGAACUUUUGGAUAUAUUUGAGGAGUUGCCAUCCACUUGGGGGUCCUAAGUCCUAUCGUUACCAACAGUCUUUAAUCCACAACACUCUCUUGCAAACUGACAUCGGUACACUUUGUCAUCACCAGUAAAGAUCAUAUGAGUUUUAACACCACGUCCUUUUGCGUAUUUAUUAGGGCUACCGGGAGGCAAUGUCAUUUUUUAAAAUAAAUUAUGAAGAUAGUUAUGUGGUCGCAUGACAACUGCAUGAACUCGAAGCUGGUGGGGAGAAAAGAGGCUCGGGAUGCAUUAUAGACUAUGUUAAAAAAUAGAUCAUUGGGCAGAAAGCCGACGAACCUCAGGCCGAGGGGCCACCCCCAACAGGCACAACGACAUGGUAGUUGAACAUACUGGGAAGUCGUCACCACCCCUGUUGAAGCCAUCAAGCGAUGAUAAGUAGUAAACCGAGCGAACGUAGCAGAAAAGGUCAAUCAGGACGAGACAGGCCAUUUUGGCACAUGGUUUCUACCUUUAGCUAUUAUUUUCUACAGCCCAGACUUGCACUGGAUGGUAGAUUCAGCCUCGUGAAAUGUCAUCUAGUUAGUACCUGCACUUCAGAUUCUCUUCUCACCGUUCGGCUGAAUUUGAUUUUAAGAUAUCACAAGAUACAAAUGGAGAAUGACGAAAACUCCUUGCGGGAUUCAGUGACUCAACGGAGAUAGUUAAACUACUGUGGUCGGACCUGCGGGCUUAAAAUCCAAAUGUUUCGGUAAGUGCAGUUGUGGGAGAGUCUUGUGCAAACCUCUGGUUCCGAGUAAGACGCGGGGAGUCGUGUGAACAUCAAGACAAAAAAGGUGGUUUGGUCCGGACUUUUGGGCUGGCGCUGGUGUCCAUCAUCGGAAGCGAUGAAAGUCGCUGCAAAAGUCGCUAAGCGCAACUCCCACCCCCUAUGUUCACUGAAUCACCACUAUCAGUCACACAGCUACGCCCAGAGUAAGACUUCUGAUCCGUUUGCAGUGUAUGAACGGCAGUGCGGCUUUGUUGAGCAGUUAGUUAUGAUAAGAGUGUCGGAAAAGUGAUGUCAACGACAAGAAAGGGUGGGUCUUGGAAACGCGACCUCCUUUAAUUAGAAACUUUUAACUUUCCUACUAGUAGUGAUUUCAGUAGGUGUACUACUGUUAGUGGAUGUUUUCGAUAUGCGUUGCCUCGAGGGUGGUCGGCUACGGCUACGAUUGACGACAACGCUUGGGGCUUUUCCUUACUUUAGGGUUAGGGAUUUAAGGCAGCCGCGGUUAUUAUUCACAAUUACUCUUGGGACUUCUCCUUACAUUAGGGCUGGAGUUCGGGUUAGGGGUUACGGUUAGGGUUUCGGUUAGGGGUGUAAGAUUAGAACUAAGGAGUUACGGCUAGGGUUAUGGUUAGGGUUGGAACUAGGGUGAACUUUAGGGUUAGGAUUAGGUAUAGAAGCUAUGGUUUGGGUUUGGGUUAGGGUUGACGCUAGGGGUAGGGUUAACGUUAGGGUUAGGAUUUAGGGUUAGGGUUUGCUAUUAGGAUCAAGGUAGGGUUAACUUUUGUAUUACCUUUCCUGCUUAUGCUUAGGAUCAGUGACUGAUUUUGAAUUGCGUUUAUCGUUAGGACUUAGGGUUAGUUUUUAGGUUGGGGUUUAGUUUACGGUUUACAGGGCUUUUAGUUGGGCUUUAGUUUUAAACGGUACGGUCCAUUGACGGUUUGUGUCUUCAGUUUGUUUCCCAAAAUUCCCUCUUUCGAUUGGCAGUUACCUUCUCUGUCUUAGGGGCUUUGGCAACCAUCUACCCAUUAUGGUUAGUCGCUAGCAUUCUGUUUGCGGUUGGGGGCUUCCUUGUGUCCUUACGUGUUUUACAGUUUACUUACUUUCUUCGGGUUAUGCAGGUUGUUCGACUGGUUAAUUUCCGCAUUCUUCCGCUUCUCAGUUUGUCAGUUGUUUUUCCAGUAAGAGAAGACCAACACUUCCUAGGAGACUGCAUCUUUCUGUUCAACUACCGCUCACCACGGACCUCCGUUUAUCCUUGUCUUACGGGCGCCACAGAGUCUGCCAGUCAUGCCCGCGAACUUGACAGCGUCGAUCGCAACGUCUCCUGACUCUUCGCAUACUUCAGUUUCACCUUCCACUGCCGCUUUUUGUUGCUGGUUUUCGCUUACUUGGCAUGCAUUCUUUUCUUAUCUUGGCUCACUUCGUAUUACUGCGGCUCCUCGUCCGGCUGCUAGCUUUCCAUUAAACGCCGUGUAGCUUAUUUCUCAGUGCCACCUCAGCGUUCUCCAUUAGCUUUGCCACCUGCAUCUUCCUCCUUGUUUACCCGACUCCAUAAAGUCACUGCCACAGUCGCCACAUCCACAUCUAACCCGCUUUCUGGAUGCAAUUGAUAGACGUGAUGUCCAACUGCCAAAUUUACCGUGCCUGUUCGUCUUACAAACCCCCAGAGGACGUCUUCCCGUCCGGCUAUCUCCUUAACCAUCGAUGCCACAUUGGCAACAGUAAUUAGACGGUUAAGAAACAAAAGUCCUAUGCUCUGUUGUCAUUGGCGAAGACGAUCCCCGGGUACCAUUUCCUUCCUCAUCGGUAUUGCAUGUUUUACUUGGUCUUAUUGCUCCCGUACUGGACUUACUGUCGUAUUAACUUUUACUGGAGCUUAUGAUGACGGUUCCCUGCGUACCACCAUUGUUCGCGGCGGCUGUCGGCUGCUAGUUCCGUCAGGUUGGUCUGCUUUCCUGCGCAUGCUUCGUCAUCAUUCUCCCCUUUCCACCUUCCUCUUACUCCUUCUCGCACCCCACCUACUGCUGUUCACAUCCUUUUCUUUUUACCGUUUUAUCUAUAAAUUUCACCGUAUCUACACCGUACAUCCGAUCUGCCCGUGUGCAAGUCCUCAUGCUCCAUCCCACUUUUCCCUCUGUUCGGUGCCUGCUUCGGCUUACAUCUUUCCAGAGGUUCGGGUCUUCAUCUACAGGGCUAACCGAUGUAGGCGUCAUCGUUGUGAAAUUCUUUCCCUACACCUACAUAUAUCCCUCCCUUCGCGGACGCCUACACCAGACGGUACUUCAUGCCGUUCGGGCUAACAUUUCCGGGUCAAUGCCGAUUUCGACGUCCUUGCCAGGCCAGUUGCAUUGGUCUAACCUACGAGAACUGCAGGUGUGCUCCAUCCUGCAGAUUUUCUGUCGUAGCACGGUCAUCAUCAUCAUCUUCCACCACUCGCUCUCCUCCUCCACCUACUGCGGUUUGCCGUACCGCUUUUCGGCGUUUAAUGGUUUCGUCCGGGGUGUUUCACCAUAGUCCUUAUCCAUGCGCGGUCCGCCCCGACUUUUUCUGCAGCGUUUCUUUCACGACGCAAUCCCGUUAGCAUUCUUUUUACUUAUGACUUCCACCAGCCGCUCCUUCCUCCCUCCAUUGCCCUUCUCCCACCUUACUUUUUACAGAGACAAGGCCUUGGGCAAUGUUGACACCCCACCCCCAGGUACGCAUUCUUCUCGUACGUAACAUACUCUAACUAGGGAAGUACGCCACUUCUGUUGCCCUUCCUCGUUUUUGAAAGUUUGCGUUUACCUCCUUUACGUGACCGCCGCGUUAACCACUUCGUACGGGGUUAGGUUGACUUCAGUCAGUCAGUCAGUCAGUAUAUUUGGAGUACAUGACAGAAGCCCUGAAAACUCCAUUUAAACGGUACAGGUGUGAAGGAAAAUGGUUGAGUUGCAAGACAUUUUCGUGCAGUUUUAGUGUGCAGAAUGCAUAAAUCUAAUAGUGAAACAUAAAUGCGGAAAAGAUAUGGCAUUUGCGAUAUAACUGCGAAAGAACCGUUCACUGCAUUUGCACCGUAAAGUUUCAAACGGGUCAAGGUUGAUGCACACAAGAGAAUCUGUUGAAUUCAUGUCAGUAGUAUGUUGCUAUUAUUUCACUAGUCUGCCAGAUUGGGCUUGAGGAGUUCGGGGUUGCCUCUCAACAGUUGAUGGUCCAGAUGUCUCUUGAAAACACUCACCGUAGGAGGAAUUAACGUGAUCGCAGCGCUUGUUUAGGGCACCCUUCCUAGCCCCGUUCCCCUUCGCGGGGGUGAGUAGUGCUGUACCUAGAUAGGGCUGCUCAGACAUCCCAGACGGCUGCCGGACUCACAAAAUUGACACUGAUUAACAGUAUAAUGCUCGUAUCUCACAGAGAGUAGGCGGGCCUAACGCCUUCUACUCAUUCAUCACCGUGAUGCCUCGCUUCGUUACCCGCUUCAUUAUGACGGCUUUAGGGAGGGCCAUACACGACCAUUCACCUAUUCAGUGAGGACGUUCCUUCUCUGCGUGUCGUGCAUUCAGACUAUCUAGCACUGUUUCCUUUUCCUUCCUUGAUUAUGCUUACGUUUACUUGGACUUCAGUAUCUGGGCCUCCAGUCUGACGAAGUUCAUUCACCAAUGCCUUCGAGUAUAUGUCUCGGCAUAUGCUAUACUAUUCAGUCGUUGUGCUAUCUUCCACACCCACGGACACCGCACUCCUUUUAGAUUUUAGCAAAUUCUUACUAUUUUACUCAGCGUUAAUUUACUGAGGUCGAACACGGAACCUGUUUUCAGUGCUUUCUUGCGUCUUCAACGGCUGCAUCUGAAAGCGAAGCCAUCGGUGUGCCGCUUCGGUUUCUGCUGUCUCAUCAGGCACUUGCACUGGCACGUUAGCUUCCGUGGGAGCAGACACUUCCUCUGUAGGUAUUGUGCGAGUUCCGGCGAGUCGAUGGUUCCCCUUAAUUCAUCAUCGCAUGAAGCUUUUUCUCCUUGCGGAGCUCUCCUUUGCCUGGCAAUUGGGGUCGUACUACGAAAGCAGAAGAAAAACAAUCACUACUUUCCUGCGGUUACAUCCUACUCAAUAAGCGAAAUUUUCUGAUACCAUUAAAUCCUGCUGUCCUUGCUUGCCUCAAAUUCAUUCCGGGGAACUACUGCUUCAAAAUUAUUUAAGAGUUUUACUACAUUGUUUGGUUACGUUAGGUCUCAUGGUACUGCAAAUAACAUGACAACAGAACGGACUACAUUCCAAUGUACUUAGUUUCACGCUCCCUCUGCUACAACAGCUGUUUUCUUACCUUCACAUCAUUCGGACUAACACCGAGAGUCAAAUAUGCUUGCAUCGAAACAAGUUAUUUAAGGCACUGAAACUGCUCGGCGUACCUUGACACUGUCUCUGUACUAUUUUUUCAAUUUCUUUUCAACCCAAAUUUCACUUUAUUGAUCUUAAGGGACAUUUUCUUGCAGGUUGCUGUCGUCCGUUCAAAGGCCUGCCCUUUUAACGUAGCUCUUUUCCCGCUUUUUCUCUAGGCAUAAUAGGGAUGCUGAUAGUCGAAUCGCUGUGCCUGCCGAUGAUUCACCAGCAACUGCUGGCCCUGUACAUUCGCAGAGCGCUGAUUGUCUUCUCGCCGGCCUACGCCCUCACGGAUGCCAUAUUUUCUGUCCACACGAACUUCGAGUACACUCGUCUCUGUGCCGCCCCCGAAGUCCAGGACUUUUGUUCUCUCCUCCCCCAACUACCCUGCUGUCUGCGUGAGUUUCUGUGACUACGUUUUUACUGGAGGGGAGGGCAUUACAGAGCUCGGAGAAUACCUUUUUGUCGGUUAAUAAGAUUUCUGCCCUGGCGACGGCCCACCUACUACUGGUUCUCGUAGCAUUGGAAGUGUUACUGUUGUGCGACCCGAUUGCCUUCCUCCUGGCAGGCAUAUUCCAAGGUACUAUGCUGCUCUUUUACAUGGUAGUCAUAAUUGUUUGUUUUAGAGACCUGUGAUCCAUUUUGUGCGUACUACACGGACAACGUCCUCGCCUUCUCAACCGCCGGAAUUGGCGAACAUUUGGUCGCAAUGGCCGUCCAGGGCUUCGUGUUUGGCUUUUUCGUACUUUUUGCUGACACUGUCAUCGCUCGACGCCUCUGGAUCGUCCUCAAGUCCUGUUAGUUUUACGACCUUGGCAUGCAUUUUACUUGUACCUCUCAUCGGAUCAUACGCCCAUAAUCGUAGCGUUCUUAGCAUCUAAAAAAGUUAAAUUUCCACUAUAUCGCUGUUUUACAUAUUAAUUCAAGUCCAGUCGUCAAAACUGACCUGACCUUGUUUUCACCACAUGCAGAAAGUGACCCAAUACAUGAACUCUACUGAUUAUUGCGAAACUUCUCUAAUUACUCGAAAAUCGACCCAAAUAUAUCGGCCAAAAACUGACGUCAAGCAAAAUAAACACACAAAAGAAAUAAUAAAAGUAGUAUUAAAUUGUCCAAAAAUAAUAGCUUUUUUAAAAAAAGUUGGGAAUGCCGGAAACGCCAAAAAACCCUCGUAAAUGAGUAAACUAAAGUCUUAGAAGUACGUAAAGUCUGUCAAUGCAAAUAACUGAAUAAAUAAAACAGCAUAAGCAGAACAAAGCCUGGGAAUAGUUCUUUAGUAAAGUUUGCACUUAAAUAUUCUCUAUCAACUUGUGUGAUGUCACGUGUGACGUUUAGCCAGCAGUCUGCAGUUUGAGUAGAGAUUCCAAAACGGUUUCAAUGGAAUUGACUGUAUAUUUCCCGUUUUUGCACUGUUUGAGAUGCGGUCGACUAAGGCAAAGAGGAUUUCGCCUGCUUGCGUCGAUAGGAACGCCAAAGGAAUAAAAAUAUUCCACAAUAUCACAUGUCGACGGGCCGGUCGUUGACCGAUACAUUAGGAUAGAAUUAGCACACGCAAUCAUAAGUAUGCCAGUUUUGUGUAUCAAGGGAACUUUCCGUAAAACUUCUAUGUCGUUUUAGGUGUCGCUGGAUGCCGUUGAGUUUUAGAGCGUUCUUGAAAUGUCGGGGAAUACUUUAAGGUUUUCAAUGUUCGCAAUCGACUGCUCAUAAAGAAACGUCCCGUGCUAUAUGUUUAUCAAAACCUUCAAAAUAAGAUAUUUUUUGAAGGCAUUUGCCGAAAAGGUGAGUGCUUGGACAUUCCUUCUUAUGCUGAUUGCCGUCUGCGUCAUAGUUGGGUCAUGCAUGAAACCUCACUGCCGAUAAAAAUGGACGACCGCAACGAUGUUCGUCAAUGAAUAUGCUCUGGACCAAUUAGAGAACUUUCUCUAUUAUGUCAUCUCUUUUAAAAGCUUUUUAAUAUUUUUCGCUGACAAAUGUCCACGCACUUUACUUUUUUUCAAGGAAAAGUUCGAAAAAAUUGAAACGUUUGGCCUGUUUUUUCAUUUUCCUGAAAAACUGGUAAUUUAUAUACCGCAAACUAAAGUACUCACUUCUUCUUUAUAUAAGGGUAAUUUUCGCUAUCUUUGCUUACUUUUAGUCUCUGUUCUGCGCUUGUAAAUGUGCAAUAGAGUGACUAUAUGAAUACAAAGAUAUUGCUCCAACUGCUUAUGUUAUGGCCGCUCCGCCUCCAAAUUAUAUAUUAGCAGAAACUAAACAAUACAAAAAAUAUCUUACCAUUUGCUCAAACGUUAACACGGCCGUUUUAUUCUGGGCCAUUUCACGAUUACGGAGUAUUCGCAAGUGGCAGGAAGAGGCCGGUGCGUUUAAACAAGAAGUUUGCCUUUAUGCAUUUUACUGUUUCUCAGCGCAUGAAAUCACACAGGCUUGCAAAUCUAGCGUUUUGAAAUGAAUACAAAAUUUGGUUUUAUAAAAAUAACCUGUGUGCUGCCAUCCAACUUGGCCUGAUUGGCGGGGACAAAAAUCAAUUUUCAAGUGCGACAAGUCUUGUUUAUUAAAACUCUCAAGUUUAGAUUACUCUCCUCUCAUAAAAAGCGUACAAGGAUGCGCAAACGUAGUCCAGGACCGUCAUUAACGUAGUAACUUGUCAGAAUACAAGGUAACGUAGAUUUCCACUCAAUUUAGUAGGCAUUUUGCCCAGUAAAAUCACUCAAAAACAUAUUCUGCACUUAAAAGGGAUAAUUUCCGGGACCUGUUUGGCGAAUGCGUAAAGUGCACAACGUUUUAGGUGCAUUAAAAUGAUCAUCAAGAUUCACGUCGUCACGUUUCACGAGGUAGGUCUCAUACUGCAUGUGAAAUUUCCCGUUACGCUGAUGAAUGCCCUAGUUUACUGCGGCGCAGAAGGUAAUUUUGUGUUCUCUUGACAGGCAUUCUCUCCAGCUUUUUCCGGCCAUCGGCUGAAACCAGGCGUUUGCAAUACACACCUGCCCAAACAGACGACGAGGAUGUGUUGCUUCAUCGACAGGAAGUUGAAUCCUCAUCCACUGAACGCCUGCGAAAAGACUCGAGGUAAACCUUUUUGCGUCGGAAUUUUGAUCUCUUUAGUGUCACUAUUCAACCUUCUUCUGUAUCCCCCAAGUCUUUUGUUUGUUGUUAAAAACGCAAUUACCGACAGCGGGCAUAUUCGUGUCAAUUAAGUAAACUUGCUUCACAGAAGUACAUGCAGACUGCCUAUGCGAAGGGCUUAGCAAGUAGAACAGCAUACGCACUACGCUUUUAAAAGGCCCUCAUAUUAAGAAAUUUGCUUAAUAUGCAGAGCGGUAGCUAGUCAUUUGCCUAAUUCUUGACUAUAUUUUCCUGAAGGACGUUAGGUGAAUUCGAUGUAUUUUUUCGUUUUCAUGUUGUUCAAGAUUCGGUUAAUUAAAGUGUAGAGGAUUUUGUCUGAUUUUGCGAAGAUGGCGUCGUAAGAAUAAAGUAGAUUAGAGUAUAAUUGGCAGAUAUGGUCGUGAGACUUUAAUUUUCCGUCAUAUAAGAACAUUUUCUUUUCUCAGAUUUAUUGUACUUUCUAUCGACCGCGGAAUUCCCCGAGUUUCGGGUGACCGUCAGCAAAUACUUUGCGGUUUUCAGUAUUCUCAAUACAUUAUCCAAAAUGAUAGGUUGCUUAGUUUUUGUCUAUCAAAACCUUAAAAAUGCGACAGCUUUUAAAGCUUUUACUUAAGUAGUGACUUCUCGGACGUUCAUUUUUAUGCAGACGGCUGUUUGCGUCAUAUUUGCAGACGCAUCCAAACAGAAAACCUAAUCGUCGAGGAAAGUGGAGCUACACAGCCAAAGCCUGCAGUGAAUUUGUUCCUAGUGGAUUAAAAAUACAUCUCCUUAUUAUGAUGUAACCUUUUAACAAAGCUUUAUUGGGAUGUUUUACUGAUCAAUGUCCAUGCCCUUCAUUCUUUUCCAAACGAAAGCCCAGGAGAAAAUGGAACAGUUUGUCUGUCUGAGCAUCGCCCCGGCCGAUGCUAAUUUUUUUUUUUCAUAUUGGCCCAGCUGUGAAAAACUCGGCGCCUCGGUAGGAUUCGAACACACAACAGUAGGCGGAAGGCUUUAGUACAGCCAACGCUCUAACCACCUGAGCUACGAGGCCCCGCCAAAACAUCUAUGAAUUACGUGAGCCUGGUAGAUAUCUGGUGGAUUCUAAGUGAAUUACUUAGGAAAUCCUGCUUGGGCAGUUAACUUACUGUAUCAGAUUUUGUGGAUUCCAGACGUUGCAGUAGGUUGGGCUGGUAACUUGACCCAAAUGUUAUUAAACUCGCGUCGUCCGGCGGGGCCUCGCAGCUCAAGUGGUUAGAGCGUUGGCUCUACUAAAGCCUUCCCCUUACUGCGUGGGUUCGAAUCCCACCGAGGCGCCGAGUUUUUCACAGUUGGCGUAACCUUCUGCCACUUGCAUUGAUGCCUUGCUGCACAGCAGAUCGGGGGCAAACAUGCGACCUUGGUCUGUGACACUCAACAACAUGAGAAAUUACCCGGACAUAAUGCAACGUCGAUUUUUAUCCAGAAGUGUGCGGCCUCCCUCUGAUGAUGUGGCUUUGAAGUAUAUUUUCUGUCAGCAAGCGGACUUCUACGCCUCACGUGUAUCUAACAAGUAAAAAUAACAGAAGUUCACGAACUGCCCGCUGAUUAACCGGAUUCCCGUCGCAUCAUUUCAUCACUUCCUGCGGCGAUUCUGUAUUAGAAUUGGGUUAAGGCCUUUGAAAAUGGAGUAAAUUUUUUGUGCUCAUUUUCUGGUCAGAUUCACCAGUCUGUCGUAUGACGACCAGGGUCCAACUGCUGGCCUUACUCUUGCUGCUACAGCCAAUGACCAAUCUCAUGACAUGUAAACACAAAUGCGGAAGUGCAUUUUCGAUUAAGAAGGAUUACUUAAGUAGGGUUGCAAUUUUAGUCACCGCGCAGCAUACCUUCCAGGAUAUUUUAGUCAUACCAGGAUGUCGGCGUUUGGAUGCACCUCUUUGUCCGCUUGCGAAGACUUCAAUCGACAAAAAAAUUACUACUCAAGUAGUAUGAAUUUUUCCAUUGCUUUCAGAUGCCUUCAUAAAUUUAGGUACAUUUUAUGCCCUUUAUUUUAUAUCCUUUUUUAUAUAUCCUUUUUAUAUUCUUUUUAUAUCCUUUCUUUUAUACUUUAUAAGAAGUGUUAUUAAACGGACAGGUACGAUGCUAUGUGAAUGGACAUUUCAUGGUUUUAAAGUCUCAUAAUUACAAACUUCCUCAAAACCCCAAAGGUGUCCUUCAUGCAAGUAUAGAGCUCGGAGAAGACGCAAUCUCCUACCAAAUGAUUACAAGAAAGCACAUUUUCGACUAUGUUUUCUAUAAGUUAUGUUUGAAUUUACAAGGCCAUUGAAAAUCAGUUAAAAGGACUCCCGCUAAUUAAGCAAUUACUUUUUAUCGAGUGAGGUUACUGUAUGCGCCCGGAAGAACUCACAUUCAAAAGCUAGCAUGAAAUAUCUUGAGAAUAUGGUGUGCGAUGAUCCAUUUUACAACUGCACUUAAAUAAUACUCCCUAAACGGAAACACAUUUCAGAAUUUCGCUUAAUGUUUUAUCAGAUCGGUCAUGGACUGCACUUAUGUUACUGCAGUCUGCUGCUAAUAAUAAUCCUUGCUAGUAAUUUGUGUCUUCAUGGGGCCUUGUCAGCAUAUAUCUAACCCUCCUUUCUCUCCCCCUCUCGCUCUGCGCAACAAAGUAUCGCGUUGGUGAGUGUUUCCAAAAACUACGAAGUCAACUGCCGAGGCCUUUAUCCCCUUCCCGCCGUGGAUAACUGCAGUCUGUCUAUCAGACCAGCUGAGUGCUUUGGUCUUCUGGGUGUGAAUGGGGCUGGGAAAACAACCCUAUUUCGAAUGGUGACUGGUCAGUUGGAUCCCUCGCAUGGCCAGAUAUUCGUCAAUGGCUAUGAUAUUCUCAAACAGCAACGCCUAGUAAGUCUUUCAGUCGAAUUUUCUUUGGCAAAGAUAGGGUAUAUGACCGGGGCAGGUCUAUUAUCCAGAACUUCCUACUACACUUGUCUAAGUAGACGUUGUUCGGUACACUUCCGUCGGAAACCGAUCACGCCCCUCCUCGGCUCUAGCCCCGGCAGGGUGGCAUUCUCUAUCGUCUGCAUAAAUAACUGUGACACACUUAGCUCUAAUAAUUCUACCUUUUUUAUUCCGAGUGUCAGAAGCCAACAUUGUAUUGCCGCUGCGAGCAGCUGCGUACGCUCUUGUUGUUCUCACUCCGCCAGCCAACGGCGAACUAUUCUCUCGUCCUCCUGUGGAAACGUCAUCCCACCAAAACUAUCAACCGGAAUGUCAAGUUCUAAACACCUUGCUUCUUGCUACUAACACCCUCCCAGUGGCACGUGGUCGACCAGCGGACAUAGCAUCUCGAGUUACCUGGCCCGAUCUGAGGACUCUUUACGAAUUUAGUUUUUUGACGUGUAUUGUGCGUCAGAAAUUAAUGCGGACUGCUUUCUUUUUAAUACCUCUUUGGCCCCUUCCUCAAUAAUUGGCUGUUAUUCACAUUAGCUGACUCUUUAGUGGGUGAAUUGAUUGCUUUUUAUUAGUUGGACUGAGUAAAUGAGUGUCAUUACCUCUUGUUUAAAUACUAAAACUUCUUCCUAACGCUUGCAACAGUUGAUAUAUAACAGGUAGUUUCUGAAGUUGUGCGUUUGUCACUACCAUCAUACACUUUCUCAAAUCCAGAGUCCCAUUCGUAUGCUCUUGUGGCUGAUAUUUUGUCACCUAAUGAUUACACUUACAUGUGGGAUGUUAACGCCCAGAAAGAAGGUGUUCUACCUUUGACACUUUCCUGUCUGAUAUUGCAUAAUUUCGGACUUCGUGCAGAGUACUGUCCUCACGAUGUCGUACUUCUUCAGGCGCAACACUCGAUUGGCUACUGUCCACAGUUCGAUGCCCUUCCCGACUACUUGACCGUAAGUGAGACUCUUCUCCUUUUUGGACGUCUGCGGGGGCUUCAAGGCGCAGAUCAUCUGGCCGUCACUAUGGAUGACCUCCUUCGUUCGCUGCAGUUGGCAGACGCUGCUGGCGUGUUGGUACGCCACCUGAGUGGCGGAAAACGUCGACGGCUCAGCAUUGCCGUUGCCCUGAUUGGAUCACCUCGCCUCCUAUGCCUCGACGAGCCGACUGCGGGUCUCGAUCCCGUCUCUCGUCGACGCGUGUGGAAUGUCUUCUUGCAACGCCGACAAGCCGGUGCUACCCUGCUUCUCUCCUCUCACAGGUUUUCUAAAAGUUAACAUAGACUUUUUUUGUCUAUUUGACCCCAAUAACAUUUGUUUGUGUUGUAUUAGUUAAGCCACACUCCGUGCCAUAACUUGCUCUGUUUCAUAGCAUGGAGGAGUGUGAGGCGUUGUGCACACGGCUUGGCGUGAUGGUAAACGGUCGAUUGAAGUGUCUUGGUUCCUGUCAGCACCUCAAAUCGCGUUUCGGUCAGGGCUACAGUCUCUGUCUACAGGUCUCCUCGACGCCGCCUGUGGGGCCAGCCAACGUCACCUCUCCCGUUACUACCAAUGGCGUCGGCAGUCGAGCCUGUCUGAGCUGUGCCUCAUCCACGAGUAAUCUCACUGUCGGUAUCGCUAGUAGCGGAGACGCAGGCAGUUGCUGCUCCACUCCCAUACCUUCCCUCAGUCCCGGCACUGCUUUGGACUCCUCUUCCGUAGGUCUACGUGCCUCCGUGCAACGUGUGAUUGACUUCCUGACAACUGAGCUUACGCACAUCCAUCUGCUGGAUAUGCAUCAGGUAGGCAUCAGUGACCCAUUUUGUUCACUUUGAAUUUGUGCUGUCUACUUUGUCUUCGGGAGGUAAGGUUGUAGUGACUGGGAAUUGCAGUUAGGGGUCUCCCACCGUGUUUUUUUAAUGACUGAGUUUCUUGUAAGCCCUCCCCCUUUUUUCUGUCCUGAUAUGACCUCCCUGUUUGAAGGCUGCUUCUGAGGCACACUGCAAUCUUUCAAUGAUUUAGAGCCUUUAGUCGUUAGGCAGCAUCAUCAACCCUAGAACAACAGCACUCCCCUCCCCUCGACUUGUUGCUGACGUCUUGUGCCCUCGAGGGCCUUCGUCAUGUCUUUAAAGCCGGUCUGUGGUGCAAACUAAAGUUUCGGAGGAUGACCUCGCAGCAGGGAAGUCUCGGGAGAAGUUUGACUUGCUGUUGAACCGACGUCCAGUUUAUGGUUAUUUCUGAAAGUCAACACUGCCCCAUAAGGUGACUGCAAUGAUAACCUACUUAGGAUUUAUUGACAGCGCAGCCGACUUUCACAGCAUCCACUUUGCUCUUCCCAAAUCCGUUAUGUUGCGGUGGUGAUGAAAAAAUCAAGCGAUCAGCUGUGAGUAUGACCACAGUGGCCGGCGAAGUAGAACAUCCCGCUCACGCGUGCCGCACACGAUCUUCUCGCUAAAUUAUGUGUUUAUCAGAGGGUCUCCGGUUGGAUCUCACUUGACUGAAAAUGUCGCCACCAGACGUGUACUUGAGAGCCGCCCCCAGCACAGGCACCUGCCUUUUGGGUUGGUUGUCUCGACGCCGUACCCAGACGGGGCUAGGCUCAGGCACAGUCAUGUCACCGCAGGUUCAGCUUCAGAUUAGUGGAACACCGAUCCGGGCCAUUUUAGUUAAUUGCUUGUGUCUGUCUUGUGCCAACUGUUAUGCUGCUGAUCGCUUUGAUACAUAGACUUGUCCUGAGAACCUACUCUUAGUCCCCGGCCAUGCGUGAAAUCCCCCAGUCGUACUCCAUGCAUUGCUCUCCGUGACCCGCUUUUGACGGACAGGGUUUGCCGGUUGGUUGGAAGGCUGCAUCUCGCAUUGCUCAACAUUGAGGCAAUCUGUGACACAGGGUAAUCAGUGUGUGUGUGUGUGUUUUGCCCCCGGCAGAUGCGCUGGGCCAACACGGGAGCUAGAUCAGAGUUCGGCGAGCAUUAUUGGAAAUGCGCGCCCAUAAGAAAUGUCAACAUCGGGAUGUGGUAGCAUGCCCAGGUGCAGAAUUAUGCCGCUCCCAUCGGGACCUGAGCCGCCCCCCGUUUUUUUCUUGCGGUAUGACACCCUGGCCAGUGUACGUUACGAACCGCAUAGUGUGAUGGUACAUCUAAGUGCGGGUUUGCGCCGUGCCUCUGGUCUUGACACCGGGCCCAGAUGGGAGAGGAGGAGAGCGUGCGAUAGAUGCUGCACAAGUCGGCUAUCAUGAUAAAACGAGUCUACGCUCCAGCCACCGUCCAUACUCCCAUCCUGCUUUGGAAUACACGGUGACAUUUUCAGUCAGGACGGUCGAACUGUCAUAGUUUGUUUGCCAUCAUUCCUAUUGAGCCCUGUUCAAUACUUCGCUAUUUUCACGUUUCGAGAAUGGUCCCUUUUAACGCCAGGUUUGUUUCACAGAACUUUAUGUAGGCGUACUGAUUCUCUUCUAGGGUGUGCUACAAUUUCAUCUGAUGGAUCCCUCUGCUGGCUCCGUCAAUGCCACCCCCACCACCGCUGCCUUUUUGAGCCGUAUUUUCGGUCUGAUUGAGUGCUACAAAACAGAAUUGGGUAUCAGUGCGUAUUACAUUAGCCAGACGACUUUGGAGCAGGUGUUUGUGAACUUGGUGCGUCUGCAAAAGGAGCCCGAUGAGACUGUCUCCGCCUCCGUGUUUGGCAAUGCUUGCCGCUGCUGUCUGCCAGCCCUUUGGUCGAACUGUUGUGGCUGCGCCCGAGGCCGCUGUUGCCAGUGUCGGCGUUGUCGUCGCAAGCAUCGUCCCGAUGUUGGCAGUGGUUCAGACGCUGACGCUGAUGAUAGCUCGAUACACAUGCUUUUGUGA